CUAUGGUUGUAGACUGGGAUUCCGACCAACGAGAUCUAUGCUCACUUCGCCAGGGAUGGUUUCUCGGCGAGCGAGUGCGACUUGCCACAGAGAUGUGGCAUGUUUGGGGUUUGUGAGGACAGCCAAUGCGUCGCGUGCCCAUUGUCAAGCAAGCUGAUAGGUUGGAGCAAGAAUUACAUGGAUUUAGACUAUUCUUGGCUCACCUUAAUAAGGCUGGUCAUACUCUUGAGAACGGGAAGGAUAAGUCUAUAGGUGAGGAGCAACCUCAUUCUAUCCCUUCAUCCAUUUCUAAAUCUCUGUUUGAUUCUGACAUUGGAAGGACUCACAGUAACCUCUCUUUUAGUAGUGGUGCUAUAGCCAUCCAACCGAUUUCAACAUUAGCAGCCAAGGAGGGGUCGUUGGUAUUGAAUUCAACUCAGUCUUCUCCAAAUUUAGAGCUUUUUUCAGAUGGUGUCAAUGCUACUCAAUCCUUUCCAAUUGAUGAUCAAGAUGCUUUGCAAAAACCCCUACUUUCUGCAACUCCAGCUCCUUCUAAGCAGGCAGUUUCUGCCCCUUUUGAUGAAUGUAAGCAGGGUCUUAAUGCUAAUUGCUCAAAUAAGCCUCCAUUGAACCACACGGUCAGAGCUUUAAACAUUCAUGCAUUACCUUUCCAGCCCUCUAUUCCAGUUUUGAAGCAAGGGAAAUCUGUCAAGGAAUUGAAAGAGUUGACAAUGGAAACAGAGCAAAAGGCAUACAGUGGAGGUCUCCAACGAGGUAUGUCUCUUAAGGAAUUGAAAGCAUUGGCAUUCCAUAAGGAGGCAGUUCAAACAAAGUCGGUUACCACCAAACCCUUGGGCCUUUUAGACUUGAAGCUAAUUUAUGAACGCUCCCCACAAAUCAGCCUCAUUGAUAUGUCUUUUGGGAUGAAUGGAGAAGAUCAUAAGAGGCAAAAGGACGGGGGAGUUGAGGUUUCUGAAAUGGCACAUGACAAAAUUGAGUUGCCUAUUGAUGAUGAAGAUUCUUACACUCUAGAGGCUAAAAUGGAGCUUGAUGCUAUUCAUUUGUUGGAUGAUUUCAAUCCCAAAGGAGAUUUGAGGAGGAUUGCAGUUAUCUUUUGGUUUUAGUCGGGCUUGUGUUGGGGUUGAGCCCGCCCCCUCCCUUUGUAUCGUCUUUCUUUUAUUUAUAAAUAAGGCAGAGCUUCCCUG